CCGGCUUCGAGCGGGCAAAGGACCGGAGCCUUCCUCCUCACUUCUUGUCUCUUCAAGCCUCCUACCUGGAUCUAUUUGUCUGCUCCGAAGCCGCCUUCAUUACCCACUGACAGGAGCGUGUAUUUAUUUGCUUAUAAACCUGUUACAAUAAAUGAUUAUUCGAACGGCGUCAUUCGUACCUUAAUGACGAGCGAGCGCUACUUUUUGAUGAAUGACAUCUUGGGCUCGGAAGGAUGUAUGGGUCAUUUUGACCAGUCAUUCCCUCGCUCUGGCAUCCCACAAUUUUUCCGCCUCCCUCCAAAAGAGAUAAUAAUAUUUAGAGGCGCUCGCUGGGGCUGAAUGAGAAUUAGCCCUAGGCGCAGCCCAUCAUUAGGACGGGACAGCCGGACCACUGUGACAUUUUUAGAAAGCUGAGAUGAUGGAAAGAAUAAGAAAAGAGAUGAUUCUGAUGGAGAGAGGUCUGCACAGCCCCACGGCCGGCAAGGGUUUCUCCAAUUUGUCCGACUCCUCUGGCAAUGCAGUACUCGAGGCCCUGGAAAAUUCGCAGCACACGGCUCGCCUCAGCCCGCGCCUGCCGUCCGCCCCUCUGCACAGCGCUCUGGGAGACCUCCCUGCCAAGGGCAAAUUCGAAAUAGACACUCUGUUCAACCUGCAGCACCCAGGCAGCGAAAGCACCGUCUCCUCCGAAAUCGCCUCUGCCGCGGACAGCCGCAAAAAGCCGGGCCAUUAUUCAGAGUCGGCCGCCGAGGCGGAUAUGAGCAGCGACGUGGAGGUGGGCUGCCCCGCGCUGCGCUCCCCCGGCGGCCUCAGCACCGCGCAGCUCAAGGAAAACAAUGGCAAAGGGUACGCCGAGAGCGGCUCGGCCGCCGGCACUACGACGACGUCUGCGUCGGGCUCUGGCCUCGGCAGCCUGCAUGGAGGCGGCGGCGGCGGCGGCGGCGGGGGCGCGGCGCUGGGCGGCUCGGGCUCCGGUGCGGAUCAGGUGCGCCGCUACCGCACGGCGUUCACCCGCGAACAGAUCGCGCGCCUGGAGAAGGAGUUCUAUCGGGAGAACUACGUGUCGCGGCCCCGCCGGUGCGAGCUGGCCGCCGCGCUCAACCUGCCAGAAACCACCAUCAAGGUGUGGUUCCAGAACCGGCGCAUGAAGGACAAGCGGCAGCGCCUGGCCAUGUCGUGGCCUCACCCAGCCGACCCCAGUUUCUACACCUACAUGAUGACGCACGCGGCCGCCACCGGAAGCCUGCCCUACCCCUUCCACUCGCACGUGCCACUGCACUACUACCCGCACGUGGGCGUCACGGCCGCGGCCGCGGCCGCUGCGGCCUCCGGAGCUGCAGCCGCGGCCUCGUCGCCCUUCGCCACUUCCAUCCGCCCGCUGGACACCUUCCGUGCCCUCUCGCACCCCUACUCGCGGCCCGAGCUGCUGUGCAGCUUCCGCCACCCGGGCCUCUACCAGACGCCCGCGGCCGCCGCCGGGCUCAACAGCGCGGCCUCCGCCGCCGCCGCUGCUGCAGCUGCGGCGGCUGCGGCCUCUUCUGCCGCGGCGGCUGGGGCGCCCCCAAGCGGUGGCUCCGCGCCCUGCUCGUGCCUCAGUUGCCACAGCAGUCAAUCGGCCGCGGCCGCCGCCGCAGCGGCCGCCGCGGCCCUGGGCUCUCGGGGGGCCGGCGGUGGGGGCGGCGGCGGCGGCGGCGCGGGGGCCGCCGGGGGCUCGGACUUCGGCUGCAGCGCCGCGGCCCCGCGCUCUGAGAGUGGCUUCCUGCCCUACUCAGCCGCUGUGCUUAGCAAGACCGCCGUGAGCCCGCCGGACCAGAGGGACGAGGCGCCGCUCACCAGAUAACUACGUCGCCACCGCCAGGGGGCCGUGCCCGCCGCUCGGAGUGCGAUGGGGAGUCUCCUCAGCGCUCUCCGCGCCCUCUGGGCGCUCACGUGCCCUCUGCGCGCUGCCCGCUGCAAAAGCUGUCGCCAGGGGGCGCCCCGGCGCGGGAGGCCGAAGGGAACCCGUCGGGAUUUGGGGGGUGGGGGGCGGGGAAGAGCGGGCGCGAAAGCAUGGCGGGUGUCCCGUCAAAUUAUAUCUAUUUUUGUAUUUGCUACCCAGCCGCCUCCCCUUCUCCAAGUCUGUUUUGCGCUGCCGAGGCCCCACUUCCCGCCUCUAUCGCGAGCUCUUGGUCUUCCCGAAGACAAUCCCCUCGUCCCCAAACCACUCCUCUGGGGUCUGCGGCCCUGGUUAUAAACCCUCGGGCCCGGGUUACUUGGCUAAACCACGUGGCCAGAAGCGACGGAGAACCACAACAAAGAUGAGGAUGGUGUGCGCUAGUGCUUUGUGAGGGAGGGAGGGAAAGUCACCCCGAGGUUCCUGCUACUCUUUUUUUCCCUCACCUUUUUUUUUUUUCUUUAAGCGAGGGUGAGGGGUAGGUGGCAAUUUUUCUCUCAGCUUGAGCUUGUUAGGGGCCCUGUCCGAGGAGAGCGGGAGAAUGGGCAGUCUGAGGAGAAGGCCAGGAGGGAGGAUGAAGAGCGCGGACGGCUGCGGGUGUGUUCUGUGACAUUGUUUACUGCGUGCGGGAUCAAGGCCGGCGGGGCUGUAGCUGCUUUCCCGGGGAAGGACAAAGCAGAGGUGGGAAGGGGUGGCGUGUCGCUUCCUCUCUGUCGAGCCACCACCGUUCCCUCUUUUGAUUUUUGGUUAGGGAUGAAGGCGUCUUGAAUAUUUUAUGCAAAAAGUAAUGGCUAAUGAGGUUUCCACAACCAGCAAGGAAAGGGAAAGGGAAAGAAGAAAAGGGGAGGGCAAGACUGACAGAUCGCUGGAGUAUUUGAAGGAACGUUUUCAGCUCAGUUUUCAACUUCCGGGUUCCACUUCAUCUGGGAAAUACUUGAAUCUCUAGAUAUAUGCUAUUAUCCUGAAGCAUUUCCUUAGAAACUUUUCUGAGUUUGAACUCUAUUCCCUUCAUCCUUUCGCUCGGUGUUCCUCGGGUAAAAUGGUUCUUGGCAUAUUUCUCACGCAUGUGUACUGCGCCUUCGCCUCUGCAAAGCCACCGCUGGGUUGUUGAGACCCGCUCUGCCAACCCCGGAUACUGGAGGGGUUUCCUUGAACUUGAAGAAAGGCACAUCAAAACCCACCAGUGUUAACUGCCACGUCAAUUUUGAUGCUAAUAAUGUGCAGAUUAUGACGAAAAUUGCCAAUCAUGCUCUCUGAUGGACCUCCUUUGAAUGUGGAAUUGGAGAAAAGUUCCCCGCACGGAGACCUGCUGUCAAGUACUAACAACCCGCUAAGGGAAGUCAUUAGGAGAGACGGAUAAGAGACUCGGUACAUAAAACAUUGUUCUUGGUGCAUAGAAUGUAUGUUAUUUAAUGUUAUCUCUGUUACCUGAAGUGAUUUCGCAGAAGAAAGCCACGUUCUUAUCAUCUCAAUUGCCAAUUUUCAUUUUGGUAACUUGGACGCCCUGGGUAGACUUUUCUCUGUUAAGUUGAUAUUCCGCCAAUGUGAACAGCCUCAUUAAAUCAAGCCCAGAUAUUUCCAUAAUGCUCCCCGCAGAGCCACUUCGCUCCUCACAUAAUGAGAUUUUUCUGAAGAGUUGAAGCCCUAAAAUAACUUGCUAGUGCAUGUUUAGACCCAGUGAAGUGGGUAUGUGUAUUAAAAUGUAGGUGUGCUACCUACAUAUUCGUGUAUGUGUGUGAGUAUAUAUGUAUGUAUAUACAUAUAUAUAUCCGUUCUCUUAU